AUGUCUUCUCCAUGGGCAGACCAACCAUACUCCCUCAUCUCCACCCAGUCCUUCUCCAAAGACACCUCCCACGCCGCAUACUACGUCGCAACGCAGAUGGCGCUCGCGCACAACGGCCUCAUCCGGGGCUUAAACGCCAUCUACAUCCAAGCGCCGCACAUCCCCAAAGACGCCAUCCAAGACUUCCUCACCUACUGCCAAUGCUGGUGCGAGACCAUGCACCACCACCACGACGGCGAGGAGGAGAACUUCUUCCCCAACAUCGAGAGGAUCACGGGCGUCAAGGGGCUGAUGGAGCGCAACGUCCAGCAGCACCGUGCGUUCACGCCGGGGUUCGAGGCGUUUCAAGAGUAUGCGGAUAAGUGCCGUGUCGAGGAGUAUGAGGGCGCAAAGGUGCGGAGUCUGAUCGAGGGGUUCGCGGAGCCCUUGAGCCAGCAUUUGCAUGAGGAGAUUGACACUCUGCGAGCGCUUGACAAGUAUGACAGCGCGAGGGUGCGCCAGGCGUAUAAGGACCUCGAAAAGAUCGAAAUGGCCGGAGACGGUUAUCGAAAUGGUCCAUUGGUCUUUGGCACCGCUGAUCGAAGCUUUGAAGGUGGAGUGCACAACUUUCCGCCUGUACCCUUCUUCAUCCCGUACAUCAUGCACUACGUGCUCGAGAGACGACAUCGCGGGGCCUGGAGAUUUAAUCCUUGCACUUCGUGGAGAGAACGGAGGGAACUACCGUACACUGGGACGAGGGCGAGGCCGUGA